CUACACUUUUUUUUAUAUAUUUCAUUUGUUCAAGAUUUUACACAAAAUUAGUACUGUUUUGCAAAGAAAAAGAAUAGUACUAUACAAUUACAUAUGAGAUAAGAGACUAGUACGAAAGAAUUGUAGCUAAUAUAUAUCACUCUACACCAUUAGCAAAUUGGCAUAUAUACCAUACCACUACUACUCUUCUUCUUUCAUUGGUAACAGUAAUGCCCCAGUCUUAGUUUUUUUGCAGGCGCCGUCCUCACUUUUUAUUUUUCCUCUGUCCCCUCAUCCCCCAUACCCUUUUUCUUCUCUUUCUACUAAAACAGUAUUUUCUUUCUCACAAUUUGAAAAGCUUUCUCCAUAUACAUUGAAGCAAAAGAGAAGAGGAAUAUUAUUCAUAUAUCGAACAUGUUGGACUAUGCACAAAAUCUUCCUCAGUGGCUUGUUGCACUUUUGACAGAGAAAUUCUUCAAUGCCUGCAUAAUUCAUGAAGAUGCUAAGAAGAAUGAAAAGAAUGUUUUCUGUUUGGACUGUUGUGAGGGUAUUUGCCCUCAUUGCUUGACCCCUCACCGUUGUCACCGCCUUUUGCAGAUUAGAAGGUAUGUGUAUCAUGAUGUCAUAAGGCUUGGUGAUGCUAAUAAAUUACUGGACUGUGCUUUUGUUCAAUCUUACACUACAAACAGUGCAAAAGUGGUAUUUUUAAACCAAAGGCCACAAACAAGGGCUAGUAGAGGCUCAGGUAAUUGCUGCAUCAUCUGUGACAGGGGCCUUCAAGAUCCAUUUCUCUUUUGUUCUGUUUCCUGCAAGGUUCAACACAUACUGAAAACUGAGGGCAAACUUACCAAGUAUAUCUAUAGGUGUGAGUACAUGACACUGCCUGAACCAGGUUUAGAUGAUGGUCAAAUGACUCCUGAUACCAUUCUUGAACCGAUUGGUUCGGUAAGAACCGAGUCCGGUUCAAGUGGAAGCGGUGGAGCCGCCGGAGAGGUGGGUUCUCGGACGGUUGGAUGCACGGCGACAACAGAGGUUGUAAGGAAGAAACGCAGCACCCUUUCGGCUUUCCGGUCUGUGUUUCAACCCGGUUGUGGACCGGGUUCAGGAAUAUCAGUUUCUAUGAUGAACCGGAGGAAGGGUACACCUCAGCGGUCUCCGCUUUACUAAUUUUGUGUUUCUUGGAAGAGAGAAUGGAAGUCGGGGAGGGACAAAAUUGGAAAUUCGAUAGUAUAGUUCAAGGGCAAUUAAGGAAGAAAAAAUGACCUCCCAAUUUUGUAGAAAUGGCUUUCUUUCUCUUUAUUAAUCUGACAUAUGGAAGCUAUAUUUCUAUCUGACAAUAGAGAAUUCAAAUGGAUACGAAGGAAUUAGUAUGAAUAUUCUGAGAUUAAUUACUGUAAUAGCUAUACCUAAUUUUUGGUGACAUGUACUUGCUUUUGUUUCUAUUGA